AUGGACGAUUCUUCAUUCAGGCCACCAAAUCUAUUUAGUAACACUGACAACGGACGAUCUCCCGAUCAAGCACUUCUGGACGAAGAAAAUGGAAGAGCUGAUGGUAUUUUGACCUUGAUCGAGGGGCCGUCCGUCGCUGAUCUGCCACCUCUAGACAUCGAAUUGGACGGAGAUUGGUCUGAUUCCAGCACAGAAACAGAUGCACCGCCGCUCGAACACCAUAUCCAGAUGCCUUCUAGUUCUCAGUUGCAAACGCAGUCGUCUACGGCAGCGAGUAACAAUCAGAGUGAUCCGAGUAUCCCGGACGAUGUGGAUGAUGCUGCUAGUGAAGAGAGUUUGUACGAGUCAGCGCACUCGGAUACUCCUAACUUAGCGAAGGAUCAUGAGAUGAGUACUGAUGAACCCUCUGUCGACCCAUUCGACAAUAAAGAUCUGGAACAAUCCAUUCCAGGAUUAUAUAGGAUCCUGGAUCUAGUUACCGAACAGGGAAGCGGUGGGCUCGGUAUGGUCUUUCCCGCCAUGAUGGGGCUUACGCUUACGCUUUCUCAAGUGGAUAAGAUCAUUAUAUCUCAAAACUCGCUUAAAACAUUCAUCAAUACUAUUAGUCCAGGCGCCUACCUGUCCAUGACGAAGGUCAAUUUCAAAAUGUUGGACCAAUCCACCAUCAAACCUGUAGGCAUUUACGGCAGUAAGGAAGAGAUAGUCCGUUUCCUCUUGAGGCUUCAUGCCGUCGAUGAUACUAUAGCUACUCACCUACUAUCUGAAUCGAGUACUACCGAAGCCCAUCCGACACUUCGCUCGGGGUUGUACAUCCUUCGUUCAAGCGCUGCUGAGCCUAACGGAUCCGAACAAAUGUACCUCACACGAAUGUGUGAUCAGAUUGUCGCAUUGGUGUCGUCAGAACACGCUCGAAGAAUGGUGUGGAGCGAGAUCGGUGACAAUGGCGAUGACGAUGACGAUUGUGUCGACGAGGAUGACGAAAAUGACCGAAUCAUCAGGUGUGUCGUGCAAAGGACAACCGAGCAGGAAGAGUCGGUGCAAGUUCGUGAAGGAUUCAAGAUAACUUCGGAACAUAUAUCCCAGACAGAGCCAUCCGAGUGUGGAGAGCAGUGCUCCGUAAAACCCUUUCUGCUUUUGGGAGAGGCGGCGCAGGGCUUUGUGACUGUGCAACAUCAUCCCCCUAAACGUGUUAUCGAAACGCUCAAGGGUCGCUCCUUCAAUGCCAUUCAACUGGAAGACUACUUAAUAUCCGAUAGCUUAGAUAUCAGUGAAACCCUCGAUGACAAAGGGCUUCGGAUACUGGUUGAUGUUGGCCUUCGAAAGCGCUGUCCUCAGGAAUGUGUGAACUGGGAACACCAGUCUACAGCAAUUCAGGAACGUUAUAAGAAGAUCUUCGAUGAUAGGUUCCGGAAAGCUAAAGACGAGUUGGUUAAAGUAACCGAAAGCCUGAGUAGUGCUGCAUACAAUGCUGUUAUUGAUGAUGUGGUGGCACUAUACCCGUUCAUCGACAAGCAAGCAUUCCAGUAUACAGGCUCCGGUACUGAGGAUCCACCAGUGGUUUCAUUUUCGCAAAUCACCGAUACCUAUCCGGAUGCAAGCAGGGUUUUUCAGCGCAACAUUCAAGAUUGCCAUGUAAUUUCGGAUCGCGAGUUCCGGGCUACGAAGGAUCGGUUGUGCCUUCUUGUAGAGUUGGCAUCCCGAACAAAAGGUCUAGGCAGUGGCGUGCGGGACCCAAUCUUGCGUGCAACCUUCAUUGGUGGAUUUCGAGAGGCAGAGAAAGUGGCUAAAUCUUUGUCUAUGGGUUCAGCAAGCAAACUCAAGAUGAUCCUUGACUACUGUGACAAGUUGAUGAACAGCGGUUUGGCCCCGCAGACCAACACUCAUUCUAUAGAUAGUGUCCUCAAAGAAGCCCACGAGGCGGCGCUAAAGGUCACAGAUAAAAAAGAAAGUCCAGGAGAGGGAACAGUUAGUACGGAACUUGUUGAAAAAGCAAGACAGAAAGCGAAGUCAUACUUUGAAUACACCAUCCCCCGUGUCGUCAUGAAAAUUGUUUCGUCAUUCAAAGGGAUCCAGGAGGUAGGCUGCCGUGCGAAAAUCAAGGCCGAGUGCUCUAGCCAAGAGGAUCAAGAGCGAUACAAGUAUAGAUUACAAUUGAUCCAGCACGUCAAUAACUCGUCCGCUCAAGUACAGUGCAGGCACACUUUGCGAAUUGAUUCCGUUGAAGAAGAAAAGAAGGCUUGGGCGAUUCCUAAAACAUACAGGCUCUGGGGCCUGCGAGAAUCCCAGGAAGAUCCAGUGACGUGUUACACGGUCCAUCCCAUGAAUGUGACGGAGGAGGACAAGCACAACCUGCAAUUAGAUCCCUCCAGUAUCCCUUCACCUCGCUUCAGGUUUCAGCAUCCAUUCGAGUUACCUCUUGGGCAUACAAUCUUACGUGCGCAGCUUCUUGAAAGAGAGAGGCUGCUCUUAAUUGUCGCGGACCGGGUUGGGAACAUAUUUGUGUAUCUUGAAACUCUCACCGCCAUGCACGGUGCCAUACAGCGUGGGCAUUGUAAGGCCCUGAAACGGGAAAAGAUUGGCCAGGAUUUCCAUAUCGCCUUCGACGAGUCAAAGCGGAUGUUGGCUGUUGUUUCGUCAGACAAGCUUCUAUUGCAUGUAUUUGUAUACGGUGACGUGCGAGGAUUUCAAGCCCAGGGGAGCGCCAUUAACUUGGGUCCUUGGUAUGGCGAAGGAGUGCGCAUCCGUCACGCCUGCUUUAUAUGUGGUAGCGAAGAAAUACUACUGGUGGACUCUCAAGCCCAGGCUAGAGUGUUCUCAUUGGUAACCAUGCAAUUCCGACCUGCGGUUCUUAGCCUACCUCAAGUCCCAACCGGCGUGCAUUGCACACCCGAUGGGUCCUGCGUAUUGGUUCUUCAACCCCAUGAGUCUGAGCUAGCAGUAACCGCUUACCACUGGAGUUCUUUCGGUUCCACGGAGGGCAUAUCACUCAACAUUCCCGAUCUUCCUGUUGGCGAACCCCUCGUAGUCACCUCGCUUAUCAAACGCACAGCGGUUCAUUUGCUGAAGCUCGAUUUAUCCACUCGCUGCUGCCAGUCGUAUGCGCUCGACAUUACUCGACGGCAUACCGAAUUCAUGUUCCGUGAGCGGGUCAACCGCAAUUCUACAUCAGAGAGAGCACACGAAACCGCUCAUAACUGCCUCAUCGACUGUCACUCAGAGGUGUGGACUCGCUUUCCUGUAUGCGCAGCAGUGCCACGAGAGACUAUAUCCUCUGCCAGUCUCAGAGGCCAGAAAAGCCUCGUGUUUGUUACGGAUCGUAGCUUUGACAUGUUCGCUCCUCAUUUCUCUCAGAUGAUUCACUCUUUCGAACGCACGGCAAAGAAACCUACUGGAAAUGCCCUCAAAUCGGUGAAGGUGUCCGCUGCCUCAUUCGACGUCUUUGCACAGGAGUUAUGCGAUGGUGCUACAUGGAACGUCUCACAGUAUCGGGCGGGCGAAUGGAUCGUUGAUUUCUUGUGUUUGAUUCCGAUCCACAUAGCGGUGACCAAGGACAAUCGCUUCAUCCCUCUAAAAGACGGUGUAUAUUCACCAAGCUUGGAGAGGGAAUUACUGGGAGCAGGCAUUAACCGCAUCGUAGACAAUAUUUCUUUCGGAUGGUAUGAGUCGCUCUUUCAGUCUUACAUGGCAACGAAGGUAGCUUCCUUGUCUCAUACAAUGUUUCUAACUAACAAAGACCAGCCUGUCAGAGUGGUGUCGUCCAUGGGAGAACAAUCUGUUGGAAAGAGUUAUGCUCUGAACCACCUCGUGGAUACUUCAUUUGCUGGCUCCGCGAUGCGUACGACGGAGGGCGUUUGGAUGUCAGUCACCCCAACAGAGAAAGAGCUAAUCGUAGCUCUAGACUUCGAAGGUGUUCAUAGUAUCGAACGAUCAGCGCAAGAAGACACGCUACUUGUAUUAUUCAACACUGCUAUCUCAAAUUUAUCUAGCGCUACUGUUCUAGAUCCGGCAGAAAACCCUUCGUUAUUCCAGUCAACUUUAGUAAUCAUCAUCAAGGAUGUCGUUGAGGCGGACAAAGUAGAAAUAGGCAGAGAGUUCUCUCUGAAGUUCGAGAAGAUUGUUCAGGACGAACAAGAGGCGAACUUCAUCACUCGUCUGCAUGCAGGUCGAUUAAACAUCAUUCCUUGGCCUGUCAUUGAAUCCAAAGAAUUCUAUAAGCUAUUCACUAAGUUGAAAAGAUGCCUGGAUCAGCAACCAGUUACGCACCCCGCCGCAGGCGAAUUCCUCCACAAGAUGAAAACGCUGAUGGCGAAACUUAAGGCCAAUGAUUGGGGAGCUAUGUCUCAAACCAUGGCAUCCCAUCGAGCCCAGCUUUUGCUGUCAUUGCUUCCGAAUGCAUUGAUAUAUGGUCUGCAAGAGGUCGCUCCUGAGCCAGAGCCUCUGAAGUCGAGACUGUUCCUUGGGGUCGGAGGGUUUUCACAAUCAGAGACUCGCGAGCAAGUCCUUAAGGUCUUGCGCAAAUCCUGGGAUCGGAACGAAAUGCGUCAGCACCUUUCGGAUCCUGAAUGGGCAGAUGGUCUUUCCCAAUAUCUUGAACAGAUCGUCAACUUGCGUAUCGACCAUACGGGACAUGCUAGCAUCGAGGAGUUACGAAGAACAUUUGAGAAUGCUUCAGUCGAUCUGAGGAGCAACGUUCAACUCUGCAGAUUGCAAUGCGCGAGUUGCCAAUUGCUGUGCAUUCAGAGUCGCUUGCACGAUGGCCCACACAACUGCCGCACCGAUCACGCCUGCAUCCACCAAUGUGAUUUCUGCAAGGAAGGCACUGGCGAGAACAGAGCAUGCUCUAUGAUUUGCGUCGUGAAUGCUCACCUGUGUGGGAAACCUUGCAAGUUCGCGGGCAAAUUUGGUUGUCUCCAUCAGUGCACCAAAGUCACCGAUCACCCGGACGAACAUUUAUGUGCUGCUCUAGUCCAUGGGUGUGGAGAGCCUUGUGAUUUGUCUGGGAUCAAGCUCAUUGACGGGUCGACAUAUGCAUGCCCUGGGACCUGUCGCGUACCAAGCGAGGAACAUCUUUGCUCUGUCGACUGCUCUGUCCCCGGGAUAUGUGAGAUCGAGACUGCACCAUAUUCCAUCGAGGCUACUUUCACAGGCAGACAUGAAACCUUUCAAUAUACGAAGUACUCUCAAGUUGCCAAACGGCUCAAAUGUGCCAAGUCAAUCCCACCUGGCCAAAUAAAGCACGUCGGUGCACACAAUCACAGUCUUGAUAAGAAAGUUGUUCAUUUCUGCCAAAAUAAGGGUGUCGAUGACCCGAACGGCUCCCCAGGCCAUCCUCAACAAGAACAUGAGACACGCCACGGUUCCAUGUCUAGCACGCGGUGGAUUGUGGAUGAAUCUGAUGACGCUGCUGCCCUCGAAGUCGAAGGCCGAAAAUUUUCCACUGAUGACGAGGGUGCUCCUAUGAUGUGCAAUCUUAUUGAGCACAUUGCGAAGCGUCUACUACCCGAUCCUGACCGUCCCAAGGAUUACAUCACUCACAGUCUAUUCUGGAAAAAGAGCGGUGCGUAUAACCCCUGUUUCAAAGACCCUUAUUCUAAGGAAGAGCAAGCCAAUUUCGCUAAAUGCAUAUUCAUUGCGGACCGGUCUGGCUCUAUGGCCUCCCAGGAUAAAAAGCCAUUGCCAAACACCCCAGCAUCUGGAAAAAUUUCUGCGCGCUCAAACAACAGAUUCGGUGCGGUGCUAUCCUCGCUCUACGGCUUCUGGUCUGCUCGUUCAGCUGCAAUUGGAUCAAGUGCUAGCACAGCUCGCAGAGACGCGUAUAGUGUUAUUCUGUUCAAUAGCCAUGUCACGCCUAUUAUCGAAAACGACUUCACGAGUGACGCCAAUCAAUUGCUUGAUGUCGUCUUACCUCAUGCGGCGAACGGUGGGACCAAUUUUACUGCAGCGAUAACUAGUGCUGCGAGUGUCAUGGAGAGACACUGGAGCACAGAGAGGAAAGCUGUCUCUUUUCAUGCUGUUUCGUUUGGCCGAGAUAGCCAAAGUGUAGGUUCAAGUAAUGUGAACCGUCGACAAAUCACGUCGUCGACUUCCUUGCGUAGAAUGGUGCAAAUUGCCCAAGACACUCAGAACAAUGCACCCAGGGAUCCACUCGCGCCUGCCUCUGUGACAGUAAUGUCCUCGUACACCGACGCGCUAGAUACCGUACAGCUCGCUGAGACAUUCCUCGGGAUUGCGGAGUCAUUGCGGAAACCGAGAGGCAUGCAGGAUGUAGUCACUUUCCAGGUGUACUUAAAUGCAGUGGCCCAAUACGGGAGCGUGGCAGAGAACGGAACGCGCAUGGAUAUUAGCUGGCAUCACGUGACGUCCACGUCCAUGCAUAAUGUCGUAUUAUGCUUCGAUCUCCAUACGAGGUUGAAAUUGAAAUGCAUGACUUCCCAGUGGGAAGCUGAGUCGAACUGCUUGCAACCUAUCCGUACCUUCCCCUUGAAAAAGUCGCAGUCAAUGCGCGGAUGGUCAAUGGUUCAUCUCACUCAGCUCAUCCUUGCAAUAACCCUUGAACUGAUGCGUGGCGGCCACAGUUUCGGCGUGGCCUACGGCAGAGCCAAGUACUUCUUCCCACUUCAUGAGCGACUGGCCACCUGUGCUUUCGAACUUGAACAUGCCGAUGGAUGCAUGAUCAUUGACAUGGUGGAAAAAAGCGAAGUUGCGGCACGGACUCUCGAAGCAGCGGCUGCAGCAGGGAAAACCCUUGCACUAGUCGAGUGGGUAACAGACGAUAUCCUCGCUAUAUCGGUGGUUCCAUUCCUGCAGGGUAACACGCAACUACUUGUAUCACGCGUGCGAGACCCCCUGCGUCUCCAACUUUCUUUGGUUAUCUUCGAGCGGUAUGGCCCUCCCCCUGACUCGAUGGGCACUGCCUCUGCGACAAGUGACACUCGCAUCGAUAUCAAGCUGACAUUCAACCAAUUUCAUUCAACCCAUCAAGGUGCUAUGGUACAAGACGUGCAUUGGGCACAAGUCUGCGUCUUGGGCAUCGUCAACUUUGAGAAGCGAGAUUUCGUGCUUACCGAAAAUGGAUACGGAACGAUCGGCAUGCAGCUCGCCCUGGUUCCGUCGUCCAAGGUGCCCCGUAAUUCAUCACAAGAAUACCUAUUUGUUACCAGCCCAUCAGGGAGUAUGAAUGGCGCACGAAUCUAA